AUGGAAUCCACUGUUAACCGGACAGGGAACGGCAGCGCCGGGGGGCUGGUGGCCGACAUCUGGGCUCAAGUUGACAGCAGCGUGUCCCCCUUCAAUCUGACCGGUGAGGAGAGCCCCCCCUUCCUGACCGACGCCUGGCUCGUCCCCCUCUUCUUCGCCCUGCUGAUGCUGGUGGGUCUGGUGGGGAACUCGCUGGUGGUCUACGUGGUGAGCACACGGCGGCAGCUCCGCACGGCGACCAACUGCUACAUCGUUAAUCUGGCCAUGACCGACAUCAUUUUCCUGGUUUGCUGUGUGCCGUUUACAGCGACGCUGUACCCCCUGCCCAGCUGGAUCUUCGGAGACUUCAUGUGCAAAUUUGUCAACUAUCUACAACAGGUCACCGUCCAGGCUACCUGUAUGACACUAAUGGCCAUGAGCGUGGAUCGGUGCUACGCCACAGUCUACCCACUGCAGUCUCUGCGACACCGCACGCCCAGGCUGGCGAUGGUGGUCAGCGUGGCCAUCUGGAUCGGUUCCUUUAUUCUGUCUGCCCCCAUGGCUAUGUACCACAGGAUAGCGAGGGGCUAUUGGUACGGACUGCAGAUUUACUGCAUCGAGGCUUUCCCCACGGAGUCCCAGCAGAAAGCCUUCAUCAUCUACAGCUUCCUUGCUGCCUACCUCCUCCCACUGCUCACCAUCUGUGUGUGCUACACAGUGAUGCUACAGCGGGUGGGUCGGCCUGCUGUCAGACCUAUUGACAGCAACUAUCAGAAAGUACAUCAUUUAUCAGAGAGGUCAGUUGCCAUGAGGGCGAAGGUCACCAAGAUGGUGGUGGUGAUCGUGCUCUUGUUCACUGUGUGUUGGGGCCCCAUCCAGGUCUUCAUCCUCUUUCAGGGUUUCUACACCGACUUCCAGGUCAACUUUGAGACCUACAAGAUCAAAACGUGGGCCAACUGCAUGUCUUACGCCAACUCUGCCAUCAACCCAAUCGUCUACGCCUUCAUGGGGGAGGGCUUCAGGAGAUCCUUCAGAAAAGCUUUUCCCUUCAUGUUUAAGCAACGGGUGAGAAAUGACACCUUUACCAAUGGCUCCAGAAAUGCAGAGAUGAAGUUUAUCACUGAGGAAUCGUAA